AGCGAACCCUAGCCCCCCUCUCCCCCUCCCCUGCCGCCGCUCUCCUGCAGAUCUGGAGACCCGAAGAGGGGCUUUUCCCCAACUUCCUCAUCACCAAACUGCACUUCCCCUCAUGCGAAAUCACCCAUCACCACCAGCUUCACGAGCCGAUAUGCACUUCGAAAUGGCCUGCUGCAAGUCCAUCACCUAAUUAGCUGUCCGGCAGCUCUGGGUCUGUCGUCAGUCCGCUCCUUCUGGUCCCCGACACCGCCACAGCUUCAGUCUGCGAGAGGCCAUGUGCAGGAACGGCCAGGGGUAUUCGUGUCCAUCUAGCCAAUGAAUGCCAGACAAGACCGCUGUGAGAGCAAAUUGGCAGUUACAUCGCUCCAGAUAUUUGCCUUUCUGGAUGGACUGGGGUGCGAAUUGGAUGGGGUAGGGGCCUUCAUGAUCGAUGCGGAGAAGUUGCUCUCUCCCUCGUUGGCUGUUUGCUCAAUGUAAUUACGUCUGUUUACUUUGUUUCCUUGGCCCAUGGCAUCAUGUCGCUGUGAUGCUGGUUCGAGGCAGCUGCGCAAGCGAGAGCUGUAUUAAUACCCUCUGCCGGCGCGCGUCAUGUCCCAGAAAUCGCGUCCUCUCUUGAGCUCUGAGCUGUAGCCGGAACGCCCCCUAGCCUUCCAUUCACCUGAACCCAGACCGAGGAAUCAUGAAGCUCUCUCUGGCUUUCGCCUCGUCGUUUCUGUUCGCGACAGUUGCCGCCCAGAACGGCACCUACACGAACGGCACCUGCACGCCCAUCUACAAGAACCCCAAUGCCACCAUUGACGACAGAGUAUCGGACCUCCUCAGACGUAUGACUAUUGAAGAGAAGACUGCCCAAUUGGUCCAGGCCGACAUUCGUGACUACCUCAACCUGACUGAUGGCCGCUUCAACGAGACCGGUCUGGCCUGGGUUGCAGAGUACAGAGCCAACUCCGUCUGGACUGGUCUCUACACUAACCUUUCAACUGUCUCGUAUGGAGCCAAGCUGGCCCAGGACUACCUUGUGCACAACACCACGCUGGGUAUCCCGGCCUUCAUCCAGAGCGAGGGUAUUCAUGGCUUCCUCGCCCUCAAUGCCACCAUUUUCAACUCGCCCAUUGCACACGGCUGCUCGUGGAACCCUGAGUUGGUCGAGAAGAUGGCCAGAGUCAUCGCCAUCGAGUCCAAGGCUCUUGGUGUUAAUCAGAUCUUUGCCCCGGUAGUUGAUUUGGCCCGUGAGCUGAGAUUCGGCCGUGUCGAGGAGACGUACGGCGAGGACCCCUACCUGGUCGGCGAGUACGGCUACCACUACACCAAGGGUCUCCAGGAGGAGGGCGUAUGCGCCAUGGUCAAGCACUUUGCUGCUUUUGCUACCCCUGAGCAGGGUGUCAACACGGCUCCCGUCCAUGGCGGUCCCAGAGAGCUUCGCACCACCUACCUCCCCCCCUUUAAGCGCGCCAUCUUCGAUGCCGACGCCUGGAGCAUCAUGUCUUCCUAUAACUCCUACGACGGCAUCCCGACUGUGGCCGACCACCACCUGCUGACCGAGAUCCUGCGCGAGGAAUGGGGCUACGAAUACUACGUCAUCUCCGAUGCUGGCGGGACCGCUCGUCUGGCAAACGCCUUCUUCGUCUGUGGAGAGACUGACGAUGCUUGCAUCACCCUAAACACCCUGCCUGCUGGCAACGACGUCGAGAUGGGUGGUGGCCGCUACAGCUUUCAGUACAUCCCUGAGCUCGUCGCCAACGGAACCCUGCCCGAGGACGUUGUCGACACGGCCGUAUCCCGUGUCCUUCGGGCCAAGUUCAAGUCGGGCCUCUUCGAGCACCCCUACACCGCCGUUCCCGACGACCAGUUCUUCGACUACAUCAACACCGAAGAGCACCGUAAGAUUGCUCGCGACCUUGACGCCGAGAGCAUAAUUCUGCUGGAGAACCACAACGAGACACUGCCCUUAAAGAAGGAUGCCCACGUCGCUGUCAUCGGACCCAUGGCUCACGGCUACGUCAACUACGGCGACUAUGUCAUCCACACCGCCAUGGAGCGCGGGGUCACUCCCCUCGACGGUAUCCGGGCAGCCACUGAGGGCACCGUCACCUAUGCCAAGGGUGCCGAGCGCUGGUCCAACGAUGAGUCUGGGUUCCCCGAGGCCAUUGCUGCCGCCGAGGCCGCCGACGUCGCUGUCGUCAUCGUCGGAACAUGGUCUCGCGACCAAGACGAGCUGUGGGCCGGCCUGAAUGCCACCACUGGCGAGCACAUCGACGUCCACGACUUCAAGCUCGUUGGCGCCAUGGGCCGCCUCGUCAAGGCCGUCAUUGAUACCGGCAAGCCCACUGUUGUCAUCUUCAGCUCCGGAAAGCCCAUCACCGAGCCCUGGAUCUCAGACGAGGCCGGCGCUCUGGUGCAGAUGUUCUACCAGGGCGAGGAGGGCGGCCACGCGUUGGCCGAUAUCCUGUACGGCAACGUUAACCCCUCCGGCAAGCUCUCCGUUGCCUUCCCCCACGACGUUGGCACCACCCCCGUCUACUACGACUACCUCAAUUCGGCCCGCUCCUGGCCCAACCCGGGUAAGGAGUAUCCCAACGGCACCUUGGUCUUCGGCAGCAACUACGUUCUGUCGACUCCUCUGCCCCUGUACGAGUUCGGUUACGGCCUCUCCUACAGCACUUUCGACUACACCGACAUCAGCGUAUCCUCGUCGACCGUCUCCGCUACCGAUACGGUCACUCUCAACGUCAAGGUGACCAACAACUCGACUCGUGACGGCGCCGAGGUCGUUCAGGUCUACGUCAAGGACUUGAUCUCGUCCAUCGUCGUGCCCAACAAGGAGCUCCGUGGCUUCUCGAAGGUCUUCAUCAAGGCCGGCGAGACGGCCGACGUCUCCAUCGACCUGCCCGUCUCCGCCUGGGGCCUUUGGGACAAGAAGCUGCAGUACGUCGUCGAGCCCGGCGACUUCACCGUCUUCGUCGGCUCCUCCAGCGACGACUUCCGCGGCAACGUCACCGUGACUGUUGUCUAGGAUGGGAGAGGUUUAUUCUUGCCUGCCUGCCUGUUCCGUCUCUUAGUUGCAAGCUAGACGGUGAGAACCUAGGUGCAAAGGUUGGGCAAAGAUGAUACAACCUUGGGCCAGCUUUGGCCGCCUUCUCUGUAGAUACUUAUCCAUAAUGCUUGAAUGAUAUGAACAAGUCUUUGACGCC